AUGGCUUCCGCAGACGAGCUCAAAGCUCUUGGCAACAAGGCCAUUGCCGAAAAGAACUUUGAUGACGCUGUAGACAAGUUCACCCAGGCCAUUGCCCUCCAACCCGAGAACCACAUCCUGUACAGCAACCGAUCUGCUGCCUACGCAUCCCAAAAGGACUGGGACAAUGCGUUGGCCGAUGCCGAGAAAACUACCCAGAUUAAGCCUGACUGGGCCAAGGGCUGGGGCCGAAAGGGUGCAGCUCUUCAUGGAAAGGGCGACUUGCUCGGGGCCAACGAUGCCUAUAGCGAGGGUCUGAAGCUAGAUGCCAACAAUGCUCAGCUGAAGAGUGGCUUGGCUUCUGUCGAGAAGGCUAUGCAAAAUGAAGCAGGCGGAGCUGGUGGUUUUGGAGCAGACCCUACCGGAGGCCUCGGACAGAUGUUCAAAGACCCGAAUCUGAUCCAGAAGCUUGCCAAAAACCCCAAGACCAGCGGGUUUCUAGCAGAUCCCUCCUUUAUGGCCAAGCUGCAGCAGAUGCAGCAGAAUCCAGGAAAUCCCCAGGAUCUUUUCACUGACCCCAGAAUGAUCCAGGUUCUCGGUGUCUUGAUGGGAGUCGAUAUGGACGUGCGUGAUACGGAUCCCCGAGGUGACACAAACAUGCCCGAUGCUCCCGAGCCCAAGAAGCCUGAGCCCGCCAAAGCCCCCGAACCUGAACCCGAGCCCGAGGAACUCGAUGAGGAGGCACUGGAAAAGAAGAAGAAAAAGGAGGAGGCCGACAAGGAAAAGUUUCUAGGCACCGAGAACUACAAGAAGCGCAAGUUUGACGAGGCCAUUGAGCACUACUCUAAAGCCUGGGACAUCUUCCAGGAUAUCACCUACCUCAACAACCUGGGGGCUGCCUACUUCGAAAAGGGUGACUACGACAAGUGCAUUGAAACCUGCACCAAGGCUGUUGAGGAGGGUCGCGCCGUCUAUGCCGAAUACAAACUUAUUGCGAAGAGCUAUGCCCGUAUCGGUUCUGCCUACGAGAAGAAGGGCGACAUGGCCCAAGCUGUUGAGAAUUACAGCAAAUCCUUGACUGAGCACCGCACACCCGAUGUUUUGAACAAGCUGCGGGCUGCGGAGAAAGCGAAGGUUGAGGCUGAAAAGAAUGCAUACAUCGACCCUGUCAAGGCUGAGGAGGCUCGUGAGGAGGGUAACAAGAAGUUCAAAGAGAAUGACUUCCCUGGGGCUGUCCAAGCGUACUCGGAGAUGAUCAAGCGUGCCCCCGAUGAUGCUCGGGGCUACAGCAACCGUGCUGCGGCCUUUGUCAAGUUGUUUGAGUUUCCUAGUGCCGUGGAUGACUGCAACAUGGCUAUCAAGAAAGACCCCAAGUUCAUCCGAGCAUACAUUCGCAAGGCUCAGGCUUUCUUCGGCAUGCGCAAGUACUCGGACUGCGUGGAUGCCUGCACUGAUGCCACCCAGGUUGACCAGGAGUUCCACAAUAAUGCCAAUGCUCGUGAAAUCGAGCAACAGCAGCAGAAGGCACUGAACGCCAUGUACUCUGCCCGCGAUAACGAGACUGAAGAGCAGACUCGGGAGAGAUUGAUGAAGGACCCAGAUAUCAUGAGCAUCAUGCAAGAUCCUGUCAUGCAGUCCAUCCUGCAGCAGGCUCAGUCCAACCCCAUGGCACUUCAGGAACACAUGAAGAACCCGGGUGUUCGGUCAAAGAUCCAGAAGCUCAUGGCUGCUGGUGUUAUUCGAGUUGGUCGAUAA